CUAAAAGCAACUCUUACAGAGACAUUCAUUCUUUAUGAUAGUAUCAUUAGAUGUAAGACAAAAAGGAUCAUACUACUAAAGUGUGAGGUGAAACUUCAGGAAGACAAUAAUCUGAGUGAUGAAUUAUUGGCCAAAAAAUUAGGACUAAAUAAAGAACAAACUCUGCAAAUUCUUUUUGGUUGUUCAUCUGAAAUUAGACUUUUGCAUUUAAGUAUAGCCUUCACAUUUGGAAAUAAUACAAAUGAGAAUAUAUUCACAAAUUAUAUAAUGGAAGAUAUAUUUACAAACUAUAUGAAAAAUAUGCCUACAAGUUAUACAAAAAACACAUUCACAAGCCAUAUUGACAAUAUAUUCAUGAGUUAUAUUGAUAACAUAUUCACAAGUAAUAUUGAUAAUACAUUUACAAGUCAUAUUGAUAAUACAUUCAUGAGUCAUAUUGAUAAUAUAUUCACGAAUCAUAUUGACAAUACAUUCGUAAAUGAAGUAAUGCAAAUAGAUAAGGAAAUCAAUAGGUUUGCUAAGAACGACUAUAUUGAAUCUGAUUUCGAUGUAGCAAUUCAAAGUAUUACUAAUUCUAUUAAUAUGGGCAAGGAUGAAGCAAUUCAAAAUAUUAAUAUGAACGAAAAUGAAGCAAUUCAAAAUAUUAAUAUGAAUGAAGAUUCUUGUUGGGACACUAUAGAUAGAGACUCUAUUCAAUGGCUACCAAAUGCAAAUGAAUUCUUGGUUCCAAGUAAAAGUAAUUUAGGAGUUGUUUAUAACAUAAAUAGUGAUAUUGGAACAUGUAGUUACUCUAUUGGUAUGACAGGUGUACUAUGCAAGCACCAAGGUGCUAUUGCAAUGAAUGAAUUUGAAGAAAAUGAAAUAGAGACCAAUAAUGUUGAUAAUUCAUCAUUUGAUAAAUUUUUAGAAGAAAUUAGUGACGAUUAUAAAAACUGUGGACCACAAUUAAGAAAAGCAUUUGAAAUAUUUGCUAAAAGAUAUAGAGCAUCCAAAUCACAAUCAAUUGCUCAGGCAAUUACAUUUCUCUACAACCCUGAUUCUUCUAUACAAAUUAAAAGUGGUGCAGCAAUUCGUGUCUAG